AGUGGAGGGGCGAACCUACCCCCAAAACCCCAUCAAAACCUUUCGUAUAGUGUGAUUUUGGCAGCCCAAUAGAACCAGUAGCCUUCUGAUCAAUGGUGAAAAGACGUCGGGAGGAGGCAGAUUCCGAUGACGGCGCCAUAGUCGUUGCCGUUCCAGAGGCGCGGCACCGUACUGUUUAUAUUGAUACCAACCUCGAUACUCACCUUGCAGUAAUGGUUUCCAGCACCGAUACCGUUUCCUAUAUCAAAAGGGAGAUAUUGGUAGAACACUUGGAUGCUUUUCCUCAUAUGGGAGAGAUAAAGAUUCACUCUGUCCAGGUAAAACGGAAAGGCAAUUUCUAUCACCUACCCGAUUCGAUGCCUAUAGCAACUGUAUUUGAAGGCAUUAAAAGAGAUUGGUUUAUUCAUGUCAUUGGUUCUGUUUCAGUUGAUCAGGCCCUGAAUGGAGCUUGUAACGACCACAUAGGGUCACUUCACACAAAAAGUUAUGACCAAAAUGUUCCAUAUGAUUCUUCAAUAGACUUGCGCAUGGACAGUGAACAUGUGAAAGAUGAGCACUGUAGAUAUUUGCCCUCUGAUACUUGCCGGAGCUCAGCUUAUAAGAAUAUAGUAUCAAUUGCUCAAGUGAAGGCAGUCAGCAAUGGCCUAAAGGAUCAUAAUUCUGGGGAUAGCUCAAAGGAAAAACCUGUGACUAAAAGGCGGAAAUUGAAACAUAAAGGUGGUGAUGAUGGUUCACAGAAAUUCCAGAUGUCGGGAAACGAAACGUCAGCAAAGGCCAAUGAUAGAAAAUCAAAACUUUCGUUAAUGCCUUCUGAUGACACUCAAUCUGGGAGAGAUGAUGUUAAGAGGCCUCAAAAGAAGUCCAAGAAGAUCAGGGUGAAGGAUCAAUUUGAGACUGCGAAAAGUGAAAAGAUUAUGGCCAAUGUGGAAGCAGAUGGAGACAAAAUGAAUGAGAAUGAUGAGAGGAUAUCUCGAACCACCAAUGAAAGCAUUCUGGAAAACAAUGAAGCAGAUCUUACUAACAAGGGUGGGAGAGAUGAUGAUAAGAGGUCUAGAAAAAAGAAGUCCAAGAAGAUCAGGGCGAAUGAUCAAUUUGAGACUAAGAAACGUGAAAAGAUGAUGGCCAAUGUGGAUGCAGAUGGAGAUAAAAUGAAUGUGAAUGAUGAAGGGAUAUCAUGGACCAACAAUAAAAGCAUUCUGGAAAACAAUGAAGCAGUUCUUGGUAACAAGGGGGAGACAGAUCAUGAUAAGAGACCUAAGAAAAAGAAGUCCAAGAAAAUCAGUGUGAAGGAUCCAUUUGAGCCAAAUACAGGAAAUAACGAUCAAACACUUGUACCAAAGUUUAGUGAACCUGUGACUGACAAUACUGCCAAAAUUGAACACUUCAAGCCACACAGUCAAACUUGCCAGACCAUUAAAGCAUUGGUGGAGAAACCAUCUGAAAAACAUUUAGAUAUGCAUUCAGCAAGCCACAUCUCUCUCGUUCCUGACAUGGCAGAUUUGAACUCUGAGCAACCAGAAACAGUUCAUAAAGCUCAGCUCUCUGAUGCCAAUGCCACUGAAAAACAUGGAAGCCCUGCUGGUAAGAAGAGAAAGUCAAAGAAGUCUCGUACAACUUAUCAAGAUUCUUUCACUAUUGACCCUUCAGAUGUAUCUUCAGGUCUUCCCACAGUUGACCAUUUAACUGAUGGAUCUAAUAACCAAAAACUCUCACAUUGCAUAGAAAUAGAAAAUCCGUCAAAUAAACAACCUAUUGAUACUUCUGCUGCAAGCUCUCGUGUGGUAAUUGAUAAAGACACUGUAAGUGAGGCAGGACUUCUUCGUCCCAAUAGCGGAUUUAAUGAGCAGGAUAUUCUAACUGGUACUUGUCAUCUGGAGCAACCAGAAACAGUCUAUAAUGCUAAGCUCUGUGAUGCCAAUGCCACUGAAAAACAUGGAAGCCCUCCUGGAACUAAAAAGAAGAGAAAGUCGAAGAAGUCUCUUACGACUAAUCAAAAUUCUUUCUCUAUGGACCCUUCAGAUGUUCCUUCAGGUCUUCCCAGUGCUGACCGUUUCACUGAUGGAUGUGAUAACCAGAACCUCUCGCAUUGCAUGGAAGUAGAAAAUCCGUCAAAUAAAAAACCUAUUGAUACUUCUGCAGCAAGCUCUCGUAUAAAAAUUGAUAAAGUCAAUGAGAGUGAGGCAUGUCAUCUUACUGCCAAUGACAGAUUUAAUAAGCAGGAUAUUCAAACUGGUACUAGUCAUCUGGAGCAGCCAGAAACAGUCUAUAAAGAAGUCCUAAGAAAAAGGACAUCUCAGACCAACAGUGAAAGCAUUCUGGAAAACAAUGAAGCAGAUAUUACUAACAAGGGUGUGACAGAACAUGAUAAGAGGCUUAAGAAAAAGAAGUCAGAGAAGAUCAAUGUGAAGGAUCCACUUGAGCCAAAUACAGGAAAUACCGAUCCCUCGCGUGUACCAACGUUUAGUGAACCUGUGACCGACAAUACUGCCAAAGUUGAACACAUGAGGCCUCACAGUCAAACUGUCCAGACCAUUAAACCAUUCGAGGAGGAGCCUUCUGAAAAACAUGUAGACAUGCAAUCAGCAAGCCACAAUUCUCUCAUUCUUGAAAUGGCAGAUGUGAACUCUGAGCAACCAGAAACAGUCUAUAAAGCUCCACUAUCUGAUGCCAAUGCCACUGAGAAACAUGGAAGCCCUGCUGGAAGUAAAAAGAAGAGAAAGUCAAAGAAGUCUCGUACAAAUAAUCGAGAUUCUUCCACUAUGGACUCUUCAGAUGUUCCUUCCGGUCUUCCCACUGCUGACCAUCUCCCUGAUGGAUCUAAUAACCUGAGCAUCUUGAAUUGCAUGGAAGUAGAACUUUCAUCAAAUAAACAACCAAUUGAUAUUUCUGCUGCAAGCUCUCCUAUGGAAAUUGAUAAAGUCACUGAGAGUGAGGCAGGACAUCUUCGUUCCAAUAACGGAUUAAGUGAGCGGGAUAUUCAAACUGGUACUAGUCUUCUGGAUGCAGAAAAUAAAGAUAAGAAAGGAAAUAGAAAAUCUAAAAGGAAUAACAAUACUGCUGGAGAGAGCCUUGCAAUUUCGGCUAAGAGUGAUCAUGAAGUUUGUGCGGAAAAAAUGGUACUUUCAAAUGAUAAAACGUUGGGAGUUGACCAUCCACCGAAUGUCGCAGAGGUAUCAGGAACAGCCAUGGAUGAUCAUAUUCCCCAAGUUUCAGUUGCUGAUUUAGAGCUUCCAGAAAGUGAUGCCAAUAGUGGACAAGCGUGCGGAAAUCUUGAGGGUAAUAGAGAGAUGGUGCUACAAGGUGAAGUGAGUUGUACUGAAGAUGGUAAAGGUAUUAACUUCAGACGUUACUUUGUUCCUAGUUCACAACAGACUAAAGGUGCUUUUGACAAAGUGGAAAAAACAGUGACAUUGAGUAUGGAUACUACCUCAACUGGGGAGAGAUCUGCAAAUGAUACUGUUCCUUCCAUUCCAGGAGGCUUGGGGAAUACACCAGCUCAUGAUGAGAAUCUGAAUGAUGAAAACAACCGUAGUAGUGGUUUCACUGAACUUGGAAAGGCAAAAUAUGACAAACAUGAGAAGGUUAAACUUCACUCCAAUAAGAAAUCCCCAAAAAUAUCAGAAACUGAUAUAAAUGGAAGCAAUACUUUUCACCAGGCUGAAAAGCCAAUAGGUAGCAAGACGGGUGAUUUUGCUAGCGUGUCUGAAAAUAAAAUAACUUUGGAUGAAUCAAGCUCAACACAAAUAGGUUCUCAAAUGUUUAAAGGAUCUAUAAAGGAUAGCUCACAGCCCCACUCAAAUCACCGAAGUUUAGCUAGUCAAAAGGAUGCCAGGAAAACCACAGAGGUUAACCCAACACACACUGUUGCUCCUAAGGAUAAGAUAUCACAUCAUGAUUUUAAGAACGAAAAUGGGGAUGGACAUUCUAAAUUCCCCACUCAGACUCCAUCUAGUGAUUCAUCAUCAUCCUCAGUUGAUGGAAGUGAAUCAAGUCAUCAUUCAACCAAAAGUGGACUCGAUGGUGUCAAAGAGAACAACAGUCAUGGGGAGAGUAAUUUAAAAUCCAGCCUUUCAGGUGUGAAGAACUUAUCCAUGGAUGCGAUUUUCAGAAGUUCUAAACGAUUUAAGGUGGCCAAGCAGAAAGCUGCUGAACAACUCGAAAGUGAUCCUGAAAGCCAGCCUAUUUUGGUCCAAAGUGUUAAAGACAACAACAGUAUUGGGGAGAGUAAUUUAAAAUCCAGCCUUUCAGGUGCACAAAACUCAACCAUGCAUGUGAAUCUGAGAAGGUCUAACCGAUUCAAGGUGGCAACUUGAAGUUGACACUCAGAGCCAUCCUAUUUUAGUCCAGAGUGUUAAAAAAACUUGUAAACAGGCCAAGCAGAAAGCAGCUUAACAAAUCCAAGUUGAUUCUGAGAGCAUGCCUGAUUUUGUCCAGAUUGUUAAAGAAACUAGUAAUUAGUAAUGUGUGUAUCCCUGGCAUGAAAGCCAGCGUUCCUUGAGCCUUGUUACUGACAUUAAUGUGUUUUUCGUUUAACUUUGGUUAAAAUUAUACCACAAAUG